CCAUCAGAAGUAGGGAGGAUCCAUGUCCGCAACACCUGAUAUAAACAGAUCCUGCAUUUUCUUUGUGAUUUCCUAAUAUUUUUGAGAAACAUGACGUUUUAUUAAAUGUAUAAUUUACUUUGGACAAUAUUGUUUCUUUGUAGUGUUUCUAGUUAAUUUUUUCAUUGUAGCCUGCACCUUCAGAAAAAUUGGUCAGUGAUGGAACACAUGCCAAAGAUCUUUAACAUUUUCCUUGCGGACAAAGCGUUUUGCAGGAAACCUUUAUCUGGUACAUUGCAGUUAACAGGAACACACAGUGUUCUUACUGAGGAUGCAUCAGGGCUUCGUAAAGAAACAUGGAUCUUGCACAGUUUAGUGUGUCUGGUGGAGAGGCAGCCCCCCAUGGACAGUGGUCACCCACUACGGGUUCACUGCAAGAACUUUCAGGUCCUUCAGCUCAUCAUCCCCCAGGAGACAGACUGCCAUGAAGUGCACAUGUCCCUCUUACGCCUCUCUCAACCAGAGCGAUAUGAAGACCUCUACUGUUUCUCCUACAACCCCAAGUCAGACAAAGAUGAAAGCACCUGCAAGUGGAACUUUAUAGAUGCCAAAGCUGAUUACCAUCGAAUGAAAAUUCCUAAUCAACUAUGGCAAACCACCUCCACUAAUCAAGAUUACAGAGUGUGUGAAACUUAUCCAGCUGACCUCUAUGUGCCCAAAUCAGCCACCCUACCAGUUAUCGUUGGGAGCUCAAAGUUUCGAAGCAGAGGUCGUUUUCCCACGCUUUCCUACUACUGCAAAGAAACCCAUGCUGCCCUCUGCCGCAGUAGCCAGCCGCUGUCGGGCUUCAGUGCCCGCUGCCUGGAGGAUGAGCAGAUGCUGGAGGCCAUCAUGAAGUCCAACCCUGGCAGCCAGUUCAUGUACGUGGUGGACACAAGACCAAAGUUGAAUGCAAUGGCAAACCGGGCAGCAGGAAAAGGCUAUGAGAAUGAGGACAACUAUGCUAACAUCAGGUUUCAGUUCAUGGGUAUCGAGAACAUCCAUGUGAUGCGAAACAGUCAGCAAAAGCUACUGGAAGUGUCUGAGCUUCAAUCUCCUUCCAUUGCGGAUUUUCUCUUGGGCCUUGAGAAUUCGGGGUGGUUGAAACACAUUAAAGCUAUCCUGCUUGCUGGUGUCUUCAUAGCCAAGGCCGUGGCAGUGGAAGGUGUAAGUGUCCUGGUCCACUGUUCAGAUGGUUGGGACAGGACAGCUCAAGUGUGCUCUGUGGCCAGUGUCCUUCUAGACCCCUUCUAUAGGACACUGAAAGGAUUCAUGGUGCUGAUUGAAAAAGACUGGGUCUCUUUUGGACACAAAUUUUCCCACAGAUGUAGUCACAUCAAUGGUGAUCCCAAAGAAGUUGCACCAGUCAUUGACCAGUUCCUGGAGGUGGUGUGGCAGCUGAUGGAGCAGUUCCCCUGUGCCUUUGAGUACAACGAGAGGUUCCUCAUCUCUCUUCAUCAUCACAUCUACGCCAGUAACUAUGGUAACUUCAUCUGCAACAGCCAGAAGGAGAGAAGAGAUGAAAGAAUUCAGCAGAAGACUCACUCCAUUUGGCCUUACCUCUGGGAGAACAAGUGCGAAUUCAUGAAUCCCCUCUACAGGCCAGACCGCAGCCAGUCUCAGGGAGUUCUGUCGCCAAAUACUGCCCCCUACUGCUUCAAGUUCUGGAGGGGCUUGUACAAUCGCUUUGAUAAGGGAGUUCACCCACGCCAGUCUGUGCUUGAUUGCCUGAUGGCCAUUAGAGAGGAAUCCCAACAAUUGGAAGAAGAGCUGAUUCUCCAUGGACAGAAAAUUGCAAAGUUGGAGAAGGAGCGAGGCACUUCCAUGAAGAGGCAUUCGGUUGUGAGCAGCACAGACAUCUGGGCUCAGUCGGACCUAGACCUAGAUCACUUGUGUGGCAGCAUGCGUGCACUUCCUCUCAUCAGCUUUGGUCAGCAGAGGGGGUCAGAUGGCGCACUGUUGGUCCGGCCCAGGAACACCAACAAAGGGUCUGAUCUGGACCUGUCUGGCAGCAGUGACCAGGAGUCAGGGGUGGGUGACCUAAACUGCCGAUUGUCCAGUGGCAGCGAGUCACUACCAAGUGAGGACAUCAUCAAGAACCCAGAUUUGGCUGAAGCGAUUUAUUCUGUUGCCUAAAUCCACUGUAUGAAUGGCGGAGUUGCCGUGGCGUAUUUCUGCAAUCAUUUUCAAUUGCCAGCACAGUAACGGGCCAUUUGAAUUGUUUAAUAUUAUUUCAAGGUAUAGUAAUUAUAUCAUUGUGAACUGUGUUGGUAAUGUUAAUUGAAGGUUUCUCGUGUAAAAUGUUCUGCACACAGACCAGUGCAUGUUCCACAAUUAAAUGAUAUGCAAACAAAAUCCUGUGAAUCAAGUCAUUUGUUUGUUUGUUUUUUAUUGUGAUGUUUUGGCUGAAAGUUUUUAAUUAGCAUCACGCUUAAUAGAUUUUAGAAAUAGAUACAGUGCUCUCACCUCCUCGGUUUGCACUUUCUCUUCUCUUUCUACCACAUUUUCUCCUUGCUAAAGAGAAAACACAAAUGAUGCCUCGAUUACAUUAAAACAGGCAUGCAACUGAAGUUGCCUCGCCAGUAGCU